AUGGCCGACUCUACCGCAGGAAGCUACGCCAACGCCCUUGCUAAGGUGGUGAAUUUCAAUGGAACCCUAGAAGCCACCUCAGUCGACAUCGAAAAGGUGGAGAAAUUCUUCUCCGACCCUAAAGUCGUCUACUUCUUCUCAAAUCCCACUGUCGACAUCGCCAAAAAACGUGAGCUUCAUGGUAUUGACCGUGCUACUCCAUGUCUCCAAUUUUAG